AUGGAAGGCUCGAAGGUGCAUUUGUUCCCGCUGGCAAGGUACCACGGUGUGGACAGCAAUGACAUCCUGAAUGCACUUCACGAGAGCCAACACCGGCAUCAGAUCCAGCAGCUUUGGGAGCCUUCCUCACGGCUCACCAAGUUGGUAGACUAUCUCUGCUGGGUUUGUCGCGAUCAUCGCGCUUAUAUCCGACAGGAGGCAGUGCUGCUGUUGAAACGCUAUUGGAAGGCACAGGGCGGCCACUCGGAGGCCCAUUGGCAGGUGGUGGCUUUGACGUGUGGUAACCUGGCAGCAAAAUUCUGGCAGCGUCAUGGCAUCUCGGAGUCCCGCAUGCACUGGCUGAGCUGCAAUGCCUUCACACAUCAAGACUUCAUGAACGCAGAGGUGGAGGUUUUAACGGCCUUGGAGUGCAACGUGCACCUUGAGGGGGUGCUGCUGAUCGAGUGGGUCUCCUUGCUCCUCUUCCUGUGCCAAGAGCUUUUGGCUGAUCCAGAAGACAUGCACAGCUUGAUGGAGGUCGCAGCGAAGCUAAUGGAUGCUUUGGCGUUCCAAGAUGAGCUCAUGGCCCAUUAUUGGCCAUCCCAGUUGGCCGCAGCCGUUCUCCAUGCGACGGUUCUCUUGUGCACCAAGUCCUUUCAGGAGUACAAGUUUUGCCAGCGGGUGAACCACCUGUGCCGUGUGGAAGAUGGGGAUGUGAGCAGUCUGUCCGAGCGGAUCCUCCAAGCAACAGUGGGGGCUCAAUGUGCUGAGCUGGUGUGUGAAGGUGGCAUCUCAGAUGAUGAUGAGGAGGACUCCGAAAUGCUUCCACUCGCCUUGCGUGCUCAUGGGGAGGAUGGGCUCUAA